AAAGCGACCCGUUAUCCGGCACUAAAAGUGAAAAGCCCGCCACGCUACCCAUCAACUCCACCGUCUCUCUCCUUUCAAUUUCUCUCCAAAAAUCUUCAAGGUACGUAAAACCCCAUCUCUAAUUUUUGGUUUAUAAUAUUCCCAGCAGCUUUCGCGAUAGAAAGUUUCAUGCUUUUUCUUGACUGAAAUGGGAAAAUGAUCGGAAAUUGUUAGUUUUUUUUUUUUUUUUUUUUUGGAAAUUUAUAUGAAAUUAAAUGCUUUUUUCAUCAUUGGGUUGUUGUUGAAUUUCUAAAAAGACUUAAUCUUUCACCCAUUUGAUUGUAUUCUGGUUUUGUUGGUUCAUUUCUACUUUUGAUUGGAGUGUUCAGGUCUAGAAAGAGAGAGGGAGGGAGGAGAGAGAAAGGGGUUGCAAUGGCAACAAAGUCAGAGAAGUUUUCUGUGGAUUUUGUGAUGGGGGGAAUGGCAGCCUUGGUGUCAAAAAGUGCAGCAGCACCCAUUGAGAGAGUGAAGCUUCUGCUGCAGAAUCAGGGAGAGAUGAUAAAAAGAGGGCAGAUUAAGAGACCUUAUAAGGGUGUUGGUGAUUGCUUUACUAGGGUGUUUAGAGAGGAAGGCGUGUUGUCGUUUUGGCGAGGCAACCAGGCCAAUGUUAUUCGAUAUUUUCCUACUCAGGCUUUCAACUUUGCAUUUAGAGGUUACUUCAAAAGCAUCUUUGGCUGCUCAAAAGAGAAAGAUGGAUACAUAAAGUGGUUUGCUGGAAAUGUGGCUUCAGGAAGUGCUGCUGGAGCAACUACUUCAUUAUUUCUAUAUCAUCUGGACUAUGCACGUACACGGCUAGGCACCGAUGGGAGAGGGUCUGCAGUUAGUGGUCAACGCCAGUUCAGUGGGAUUCUAGAUGUUUACACUAAAACCUUAUCAAGCGAUGGAAUAGUUGGUCUCUAUCGAGGAUUUGGGGCUUCGAUCAUUGGAAUUACGAUGUAUCGAGGAAUGUACUUCGGGAUUUAUGACACCAUGAAGCCUAUUGUUUUGGUUGGUCCUUUCGAGGGGAAUUUUUUAGCUAGUUUUUUGCUUGGCUGGAGUGUUACAACAGUCUCUGGGGUCUGCGCCUAUCCAUUUGAUACCGUUCGGCGGAGAAUGAUGCUAACAUCAGGACAACCGUCAAAGUAUCGUAACGCCUUGCAUGCAUUUCGGGAGAUUGUUUACCUUGAGGGUUUCACAGCACUGUUUCGAGGAGUUACUGCAAAUAUGCUUCUAGGGGUCGCUGGAGCUGGGGUACUUGCAGGAUAUGAUCAGCUGCAGCGAAUUGCAUAUAAACGUGGUUAUUCUUUUGAGCCGCAGCAAAGAGUUUUGAAGUGAAGGUCUGGACACGACACAUAGACAGGGUUAUUCUUUUGAGCCACAUGAAAGAGUUUUCAGGUGAAAGUCUGGACAUAGGACAUAGACAUGGUUAUUCUUUUGAGCCACGACCGGGAGUUUUCAAGUGAACUUUCAGACAUGAGAUCUGUAUAUACCUCGUCAAUGGAUUCAUGCUUACAGAGAUCGAUUCAGAAUUCAAGUAGAAAGAGGCAAAGAGGAAAAUGACAGGAUAAGGUAAGAACGUUUGUUGAUCAAUUGCCACUGCUGUUUCCUGGAAUGCCUAAGGAAAAUCAUAGUCCUCCCUCUAUACAGUUGAAUAAAUUAUAUUCGAUUAUUUGUAUCGGAUUGCAAUUUAACGUAUAGGUACCACAUUUACACAGGAAAAUCAUUCUUCUUCAGUUUCAUUAGCUUUUCUAUUUCAGAGCUCAGAACUCGUUUUUCGCUGCUGAGACAUCAUACCUUGUGAAGAUGGGGAAUACAGAGAAGAUAUCAAACUGUCAAAGGAUUUUUCAUUUCUUUCAUUCAAAGGCCACAAUCAAUCCCAAUUUGUAUGCAAAUUGUAUGGGGAAUACGAUUUCGCCCGCCUUAGUAUUUGAAGUAACUUGAUUGAGAAGAAAAACUCUUUAUCUUAAAAAUUGCACUGAGUUUUGGGUUUGAUUUUUGGCUUGAGCAUGUGUAAUAGGAAGGAGAUUGAACUUGGAAGCUGCUAUGCAGUUUGUGUCAACCACCAAGAGUUGACUCGACAACGACAAUGCAAACUCAACAAGAUUCCUUAAACUUCUUGUAUAAUCUCCAAUCAAGGCUUACU